CAUCAAACCCGCCCGCCAAUGCUGUUGCGCUAUCCAGCUGCACCCAUUGCACGCCGGCUCCCGAGCGAGCAAGCACAGUGCGAAUUGCCCGCGCAUGGCUGCUGCUGGAAGCAGCCGCAUGAUUUUCGCUUUCCACCUCUUUCCCGCGCGUCAUGGUUGCAGCCGACGCUGAAACUGUGCCAUCGCUUCCCUACCAUGAGCCGGCUAUACGCACCAUCCUUGUCCAAUCGUCUUUCCUGCUUCUGUUGAAUCUUGUCAAUGCUGCCCUCGACCGCCUUGUUUACUGCGGACUACUGGGUCAAGUCUUCCUAGGCAUUGCCUGGGGAACCCCUGGCGCCAAAUGGCUUUCAUCUGAGGUUGAGGAAGUCAUCGUGCAACUGGGCUAUCUUGGCCUGAUACUGCUUGUAUACGAAGGCGGGCUUUCGACUUCUUUCAAGUCUCUAAAGGCCAACAUCGUCCUCUCCUCCGCUGUCGCUCUCACAGGCAUUGGCCUUCCAAUUGGUCUGUCCUACACCCUUCAACCACUGCUAGGGGCAACCCCCCUCCAAGCAUUUGCGGCGGGGGCUGCACUAUGCUCGACGAGUCUGGGCACCACCUUCACAGUGCUUGCAUCAAGCGGCCUAUCAUCGAGCCGAUUGGGCGUCGUCUUGACCAGUGCCGCCAUGAUGGACGAUGUCGUUGGGCUUGUCAUGGUACAAGUCAUCUCAAACCUGGGCGGAGGUGAUAUCGGUGCACUUGUCAUAGCCCGACCCGUCUUGGUAUCGGUUGCGUUCGCAUGUAUUGUACCUUUGCUGUGUCGUAUGGUUGUUAAGCCCUCCACUAUAGUGCUGAAUCGGUUUCGUAAAAGCCAGCCGGACGCCUGGCUAGCCAAGCUGUUAUGCCUCAGACACACUGCCUUUGUCUUACACACCGCUCUUCUUCUAGGCCUUGUCGCAGGCGCUAGUUAUGCUGGUACGUCUAAUUUGUUUGCUGCGUACAUUGCGGGCGCAGUGAUCAGCUGGUGGGAUAGUGAGGUGCCUCACCCGGUGCAUCGACUAGAGUCGAAGACAUCUUCAAAGGGGAAAAUAGAACCUGCGCAAACUUCAUCCCGCGAAACAACCCGCGAAUUUGGAGUGAUUUCGGCGGCAGCUGAUAUCCAAGCCGGGCUAGAACAGGACCAUGAAGAAGAGCGCGAUCCCGGGGCUACAUCCCAGAAAGAGCCGCAAGUCGACGAGGAUAUCUCUGGGACUGCUGUCUAUGAGCGUUACUACCAACAAGCUGUAAGUCGAAUCCUGCAGCCGUUGUUCUUCGCUUCGAUAGGCUUUUCUAUUCCGAUAACGCGCAUGUUCCGCGGGUCUAUCGUAUGGCGCGGCAUCGUGUACACGAUCUUGAUGGCGGCUGGAAAACUUACGUGCGGUUUCUGGCUCGUCCGCUUCUCUCUUGCGCCUUUGAAGGAGACUUUGAGCAAAGUGUUAGCGAGAUUGAGACUGCCGUCUAUUCCUCACUUUUGGGGAAAGAAAGAUAGCAGCGUCAGCCGGCCACGUCCUGAAAGUACACAAGGACAGCAAGAUACCAACACCCAGACAAAUCGUCACACCUCCCCCGAACCGAAGCCGUUCUCUCUGCACCCACCCCUCAUACUGGCCUGCGCGAUGACAGCCCGCGGGGAGAUCGGGUUUCUUAUCUCGUCGGUAGCUGAGUCAAAGGGAGUCUUCUCAUCAGGACAACAAGAGCCUGGGUCGAGCUCAGAUAUGUUUCUGGUUGUAACGUGGGCCAUCGUCCUGUGCACGAUCCUAGGACCGCUAGGUGUAGGUCUGUCGGUACGUAGGGUGAAGAGGCUGGAGGAAAAGAAGAACAGAGAACAGGAAGGAGCGGGUAGGGAUGUCCUUGGUGUAUGGGGUGUGGGGUAGUGCUGGAGGAGCGAGUUGUUUGGCAUGGUCGGCAACUGGCAUCCCGGCGGGUGUGGAACACUCGUGAAGGGACCAGCUUCUGGAUGGCAGCAGCGCGGGGCGUGUUUCUCUGACAAGAGUUUACAGUUAACCGGCAGCUGUCGCGGCCUAACUUGCCUGUACAUUAACAACUCGAGAAUAUCAAGAGUGGCCCGGAGGCAUCAUGCUUCCGAGAAGCUAGAUAGC